UAGAAAGAGAACCAGCCACACGUCACGGACGGGGUUAGGGUUUGAGUCUCAACCACUCUUUAAAGCACACACCCAUUCGAGAAACUCACUCUCUUCCCCCUUUUUUCUCUCUCCAUCUCUCUCUCUCUCUCUCUCUCCUCUCAAGAAUUCCAGAUUCAAGCACAGGAAGAAGAUGAUGCAGCCCGGACCUGGCAUGGCUCCUCCACCCAGCAUGGCCCAGCAGCCCAACCAGCAGUACCAGCAGCAGCAGCCAUACAUGAUGAUGCCUCCGCAGGCCCAGCCACCACAGAUGUGGGCCCCCUCCGCCCAGGCUCCGACACAGUCCGUGCCUCCUUCCCAGCCCGUUCAGCCCGCCAGUGCCGAUGAGGUCCGAACCCUGUGGAUCGGUGAUUUGCAGUACUGGAUGGAUGAGAACUACCUCUACACCUGUUUUGCUCACACUGGCGAGAUGGCAUCUGUUAAAGUAAUUAGGAAUAAGCAAACUAGUCAAUCCGAGGGUUAUGGGUUUAUUGAGUUUACAAGCCGUGCUGCUGCUGAGAGAAUACUACAAACAUUCAAUGGCACCAUUAUGCCAAAUGGCGGGCAGAAUUUCAGGUUGAACUGGGCAACCUUUAGCGCUGGUGAGAGGCGUCAUGACGAUAGUCCAGAUUACACUAUAUUUGUUGGAGAUUUGGCUGCAGAUGUUACGGACUACCACCUUCAGGAGACAUUUAGGGGUAGAUACUCCUCGGUUAAGGGGGCUAAAGUUGUAAUUGACAGGCUUACUGGGCGGACAAAGGGCUACGGUUUUGUUAGGUUUGCAGAUGAGAGUGAGCAAGUUAGAGCUAUGACGGAAAUGCAGGGCGUUCUUUGUUCAACAAGACCCAUGAGGAUUGGACCAGCAUCUAAUAAAAACCCAACCACACAAUCCAACAAAGCUUCAUACCAGAAUCCUCAAGGGGCACAGAACGAGAAUGAUCCAAAUAAUACAACUAUUUUUGUUGGCAAUUUGGAUGCAAAUGUUACAGAUGAUCACCUGCGACAAGUCUUUGGGCAUUAUGGAGAGUUAGUUCAUGUGAAGAUUCCAUCCGGCAAGAGAUGUGGGUUUGUGCAAUUUGCUGACAGGAGUUGUGCUGAAGAGGCACUGAGAGUGUUGAAUGGAACACUUUUAGGUGGCCAAAAUGUUAGGCUUUCAUGGGGACGGAGUCCUUCAAACAAACAGACUCAGGCCGACCCAAACCAGUGGAAUGGUAGUGGAUAUUAUGGAUAUGCACAGGGCUAUGAAAAUUAUGGUUAUGCUCCCGCUGGGCAGGACCCCAACAUGUAUGGAAGCUAUCCAGGGUAUGCAAAUUACCAACCUCCUCAGCAGCAGCAGCAACAAAUGGGAUAUAGUUAAGAAGCCAAACCCAGCUUCUAUUUUUCUGUUACCAACUUGCCAUUAUGUAUCCCUAUAAUACUUAUUUUCAGUGCUUCUAUGUUCGUGGAAAACCAGUCAACUCUGUUCCCUUUUUAAUUUUUCCUUCUUUUUUCUUCUGGUUAGUUAUCUAUGGUUGCUAUAUUAAGAUUUAUAUUUGUUGCAAACCUUGUGUAUCAAAUCAUGCUUGGAGAGUACUUAUUUACAUUGAAUGGUUAGUUCCCAUUCUUCUUC